GCUGCUCCGUUGUCCCCUACGGCUCCUCUGUCAACGGCUUCGACGUCCACGGCUGCGACCUGGACCUGCACCUGGAGCUGGGGGACCCCCAGAGCCCAGAGACCCCAAACGGGGACCCCCAAAUCCUGGAGACCCCAAAUGGGGACCCCCAGAGCCUGAGACCCUCAAAUGGGGACCCCCAAAUCCCAGAGACCCCAAAUGGGGACCCCCAGAGCCUGAGACCCCCAAAUGGGGACCCCCAAACCCUGAGAACACCAAAUGGGGACCCUCAGAGCCCAGAGACCCCAAAUGGGGACCCCCAAACCCUGAGACCCCCAAACGGGGCCCCCCAGAGCCCGGGGACACUGCUGGGGGAUGGGGACCCCCCUUCCCAUGGGUCCCUUUUGGGGGACAAGGACCCCCCCCUCAAGGGGUCAUUUUUGGGGUCCGACAGGUCCCAUCUGGGGUCCGAGGGGUCGCUUUUGGGGUCUCCCUUGGGGGACAGAGACCCCUCCCUCGAAGGGUCCCUUAUGGGGUCCGAGGGGUCCCUUUCGGGGGACAAAGGUUCCCUUUGGGGGUCUGAGGGGUCCCUUUUGGGGUCCCUUUCGGGUGACCGAGACCCCUCCCUCGAAGGGUCCCUUAUAGGGUCCGAGGGGUCCCUUUUGGGGUGCGGGGGGUCCCUUUUGGGGUCCCCUUCGAGUGACCGAGACCCCCUUUUGCCUUCCGAGCCCGCCUCUCCCGCGGGGUCCCCGUGCGGCUCUGAGGGGGGGUCCCUGUCGGGGGCUGAGUCCUCCGAGGCCGAGGGGUCCCUGUCGGGGUCCGAGGGGUCCCUUUUGGGGUGCGGGGGGUCCCUUUUGGGGCGGGGGGCCCCCCCGGAGCAGGUGCUGGCGCUGGUGGGGGCGGUGCUGCGGCGCUGCGUGCCGGGGGUCCGGGGGGUCCGCGCCGUGCCCGGGGCUCGGCGCCCCGUGGUCAAAUUCAGCCACAAACAGUCCGGGCUGGCCGGGGACGUGUGCCUGGACAACCGCCUGGCGCUGUUCAACACGCGCUUCCUGCGCCUCUGCGCCGACGCCGACCCCCGGGUGCGGCCCCUGGGCUACGCCCUGCGCCUCUGGGCGCGGGGGCAGCGGCUGGCAGGGAACCGGGCCGGGGGCGGCCCCCUCCUCACCAACUACGCGCUGACGCUGCUGCUGGUGCUGUUCCUGCAGAGCCGCAGCCCCCCGGUGCUGCCCUCCGUGCGCCGCCUCCGCCUCCUGGCAGGGCCCCAGGACCGUGCCCAGGUCGGGGGGUGGGAUUGCAGCUUCCCCCGGGACGCGGCGGCGCUGGAGCCCAGCGGGAACAGCCAGAGCGCCG